AUGAAAACCUUUACAGCGGCCUUGCUGGUCGGGACAGCCCUGGCUGCUGUUCCCCAGCAGCAACCACUACAAACUCAAGUCGAAGACAGCGCCUGGGCCAAGCCUCUUGAGGACCUGAAGGACACGAUAAAGUCCAUGGGCGCUGAGGCAAAGCAGGCAUGGGAUCAAUUAGCGUCUGCAUUCCCUGAUGCUCUCAACGAAUACACCCUCUUCUCUGCCCCGAAGAAGCAUACACGCCGACCAGAUUCCCAUUGGGAUCAUGUCGUCCGGGGAGCUGACGUACAAGGAAUCUGGGUUGACGGUGUUGACGGCCAAAAGCACCGAGAAGUCGAUGGUAAACUAGAGAACUACGAUCUGCGAGUCAAGGCCGUUGACCCAUCGAAACUCGGGAUCGACCCUGGCGUGAAACAGUUCAGCGGUUAUUUGGACGAUAACGAAAACGAUAAGCAUCUCUUCUACUGGUUUUUUGAAUCGCGCAACGACCCGAAGAAUGACCCUGUCGUGUUGUGGUUGAACGGUGGCCCAGGCUGCUCCUCCUUGACUGGCUUGUUCUUUGAACUCGGUCCAGCUAGCAUCGAUAAGAACCUAAAAGUCAUCCAUAACCCUUACUCGUGGAACUCCAACGCGUCUGUGAUUUUCUUAGAUCAGCCCGUGAACGUUGGCUUCUCAUAUAGCGGCAGUUCAGUCAGCGACACCAUUGCUGCCGGCAAAGAUGUCUAUGCCCUGCUUACUCUCUUCUUUAAACAAUUCCCCCAGUACGCCAAACAAGAUUUCCACAUCGCCGGUGAAUCAUAUGCAGGACACUACAUUCCGGCUUUUGCGUCGGAGAUUCUUUCCCAUAAAAACCGAAAUAUCAACCUCAAGUCCGUGCUUAUCGGAAACGGCCUGACUGACCCUCUCACCCAAUACCCCCACUACAGACCAAUGGCCUGUGGUGAGGGCGGAUAUCCCGCUGUUUUGGACGAGUCCAGCUGUCGCUCCAUGGAUAAUGCUCUUCCUCGCUGUCAGUCCAUGAUCGAAUCGUGCUAUAGUAGCGAGAGCGCCUGGGUAUGCGUGCCAGCCUCGAUUUACUGCAACAACGCGAUGAUUGGCCCUUACCAGCGCACCGGCCAGAAUGUCUAUGAUGUCCGCACUAAAUGCGAAGACGGCUCUCUCUGCUAUACUGGCCUCAACUACAUCACCCAGUGGCUUAACCAAAAGCCUGUCAUGGAAGCCCUUGGUGCAGAAGUUGAAAGCUACGAUUCCUGUAACAUGGAUAUCAACCGCAAUUUCCUUUUCCACGGUGACUGGAUGAAGCCAUACCACCGUCUCGUGCCAGGAUUGAUUGAAAAGCUUCCCGUCCUCAUCUACGCUGGUGACGCUGACUUUAUUUGCAAUUGGUUGGGUAACAAGGCAUGGACGGAAACCCUUGAGUGGAGCGGCCGCGCAGAAUUCGCUAGCGCUGAAAUGAAGAAUCUAACUAUCGUCGAUAACAAGAGCAAGGGCAAAAACAUCGGCCAAGUCAAAUCCCAUGGCAAUUUCACUUUUAUGCGACUCUUUGGAGGUGGCCACAUGGUUCCGCUUGAUCAACCUGAGGCCAGUCUUGAAUUCUUCAAUCGCUGGUUGGGGGGUGAAUGGAAAGCUUAG